UAACAUGUCUGGUAAACACAGACCCCAUACCUUCCAGCCUGGCUCUCAGGGUGGAGUAUUUACUUCAGACAUGCUCCAUUAGCCACAGACAUCUGUGUCACUAUGGAGACCACCACAGGAAGUGAGGUUGUUGGUGCAAUAGGGGGUCCACAGUCAGACUCUGUUUCCCAUGACACCCCUCAACCUCAGUCCCCCCCUUCUGUGAAAAUAAGGAAGACGGCUUUCAAGUUUUUUGGAGGUCGGAAGAGCAUUUGUAUAUUGCCCAGCUUUUUCAGUGGCCGAGGCAGAAGUCAAAGUAAGGCUUCGUCAAAAACAGGUGUUACAAAGAGCCAAACAUACGAUGGGGUGAGCCGAGCAUGCUGGGAUAAUUUGGGCAGAGGUAGCAGUGAAGUGGCCUCUGGGGACUUUGAGUUUUGCACCUCCGGUGACCCUCAGAAAUCACAGGAGAAUCAUGGGAAGUCUCAGUCUCUACCCCGACAGCGCAGAGGUCUUCGGGGUCUUUUCAGCAGCAUUCGGAGACACAGGAAAAACAGAAAUGUUGAACAAGAAAAGCGGGAGGCACUCGAAAUGUCUUCAAGCUUCCAUGCCGAAACAGUGCCUGGUGUCCUGUCGAGCGUCAGUGACCGUAGUGAUAACCAUGUAGACAGUCAGGGUGAAGAGUUGUUGCCAGUUGUGCCUAAUCAAACCGCAGGCAGUGAGUAUGAUCUGCCAUUGGCUGCCACUGAAUGUAAGAAAGAUGUAACGCUAGUGCCUGAGAAAAGGAGGAGCAGCAGAGUGGAGGUGGACAAGAGGAAGAGAGCAAAAGAAGAGGAGAAUAAGGAGGAAGAGAUGCAAGAUGAGAGACUGGAAGGACUGACGACAUAUCAGCCCUUGUGUGCCGAGUCAGAACUGGACCGCUUGGCUCAGCAGAAUGUGGACAUGCCCGAUGGGGAGCCUCCUGCUGUAUCCUGCUCCUCUGAAAACUUAGUCUUUGGGGAUGUUUCAUCAUUGAAAAGCUUUGAUUCCCUGACAGGUUGCGGAGACAUCAUUGCAGACCAGGAUGAUGUCGGUGUCGUUGAGAGCUCAGUGUCUGCCGAGAGAGGCAGCCAAAAUGCAGGAAAACGGAGCUCGUGUUUUGUCACAUAUCAAGGUGGAGGGGAAGAGAUGGCGACUCCCGAUGAGAUGGAUGCGGAUUACUUGCAGAGCUUAUGGGAGUCUGAAACUAGUAAUGAAGUAUGCUAUGUACCUUCAGACAGGGGCUCAGAUAGCCCUUCACUCACUCAUGAUCAGCAAAUCAGCUCCAUCCAUGUUCCUUCCGACAGCAGCCCACUGGGAAUCACAGAAACAGCCUUCACUCCUGUUGGUCUCUUAAGCCCACAGAGUGAUCGACAGGAGUCGGUACCCAAUAGCGAUGAGGGAUACUAUGACUCCACCACGCCAAGUAUGGAGGAGGAUAGCAGAGAACGUCCACACCAGGAUAGGCUUCCACGGGAUAGCUACAGUGGUGAUGCCCUUUAUGAACUUUUUGAGCCUGACGAUCACCUGCUCAGCCCUGCUCUUCCUCCCAAGGAUGCCCACUCAUUUGUUGGUGCAGCCCUGCAGGGUGAUAAGAGUCCAACAAACCCUUUGUAUGCCCUGGCAUCCUCUGCCCUAGAGACAGGAAGCAUAGAGACGGAGGAGGAGCGUCUGAACAAGAUCCAGCAAGCCCUUCUGUGCUGUGAGCUCCAGAAUCUCAGAAGCCCAUCCAAAGAUCAGCGUCUGUUCCAUGCCGACUGCUUCUACAAUGACUCGAGCCUUUCCGCAGGCAACGGUAAGAUUUUUUUGAAAGAAGUUAUCAAUCAGCGCUAUCCCCAAUCACGAUCAAGAUCCCAAGCUGUGAAAGAGAAUGUCCCUCUCAGCAUGGGCCAAAUCCAGGAGACUCCAUUGUUUGCACCCCGUGCCGGUUCAGGUUUUAGUCCACAUGUCACUGAGACAACCAGACAGCAGCCUCAAUCUGAGAAUCAGAGCACAUUACUACCCACCAGAGGCUGUAGCCAAUCCCAAGAAGAGCUGAUGGUCUGUUUCUCCCAAGCGCUUGUAGAUUUCACAAAGAACACCCGGCUUUACUGCAACUCAACUGAGAGUCUUGAUGGCUCAGAGUCGAGUUCUCCUUUUGGACCAAGUCUGAGCGCCUUGCCUGCCAUUGUCACAUUUGAUGUGGUCGACAUGGACAACGAAGGUGAAUGUGAGCAGCAGACUGAGCUUGUCGAGGAGGAGGAGGAAGAGUUGGCAUCUCCUUACGAACCCUUCGAAGAUGAUGGAUGUUACCUUCAGCAAGACGCCUUUGCUGAGCGUACUUUCGAUGCCUACGAACAAAGUCUGUUGCUAAGUAAUGCUUGGGGCAUCGCAAGCCUUCCUCGCCACCUCAGUUUGGGUCGACCUUGUCCACCUGUCCCUGCCCCAUUAGCACUAAAUCGUCGCAGUCGCUCUCUUGACACGGACGGUCUAGAGUUUCAGACAAGUGAUCUUUACACGGCUGUUACCAACUAUGACUUAAAGGGGGCUGCAUUUUCACAGCAUAGGACUGCUGAUUGUAGAGAUAUGGUUUUACCACAACAACCCUGCAGGGUUACUGUUGAUAGUUUUAGGUGGGGCUAUAGGCGUGGUUUUGACUCUUCCAAAUCUUCUCAGCAAGAACCAAAAUUGGCACAUGUGGGCCAGUCAACUGUAAGACCUUCCCAUCUCCCCCUAAAGAACAACGGCAGUAAUCGUAACCUCCCUGGUGCCAGUAGAGCUGAUGGUGAUGGGGAGAUUUUGUUUGGGGGAGGCAAUGCGCUUUAUCCCUGCAGUUACCCCCCUACAGGCAUGCAGUGGAAGAAUCGACCAGUUGGGUUCACUCAGGGUGUGCCCCAUGUUCGCUCUGAGCAAUUGGCAGACCAUCGAGAAAUUCCCAUAAAGAACCGGAAGGGGCAACUUGAGGGUGGCUUCACCCCUGUACCACCCAAAUAAUAAACAAUCUCUUCCUCUCAAAAUAAAACAGUAAUCCAAAUAGAUACGUCUCGUCAUCAAAGUCUAUGCUGGAUGUUUAGUGACACUCUUGAAUUGUAUCACACUCACACAUACUGUAGUUGCCGUUACUGCCUGAUAAGCUAUUGUAUUCUUUUGUGAUGUACUGUGUAGUUUUUGAGCUAUGUUUUUAGUUUCUGUUAGUUUAAGAAAAUGUGUAUUUGUACUGGAUUUGUUACAGCAUUACUCAAUCAGCAGGUGCUGUCUAUAUAUAGAUGCUAUAAUGUGUCGCAUUUAUGUAGCCUGGUAAUGCCAUAGAAAUUAAUUCAUUUUGUUUGGAUGUUUUGAAUAUGUUUUAAUUAUAUUUGCAAAAAGACAGCAAUGCUAUAAAU